AUGAAGUGGGUCGUCGAAUCGUCUUCGGCGGCUGUCACCCGGCGAAGCAGAAAAACGGCGACUUUGCGGCUCUCCGGCGGCUGUCACCCGACGGAGAGGGGCUGGAUGGAGGUGAGGCGCGUGUUAGGGAGCUUCAUCCUCAGGUCCGCGCAGCAAGAGGAGGCUCUUCAUCGCAUCUAGUACGCUCUCAAGAGGUGGCGACUGGUCUCCCGGCGGAUCGUCCUCUUCCCGACGACGGCUUGUUCGUCGAUCAAUCGGAGAUGA